UCGAUAAGGACACUCGCUCAGCCAGUGCUCUGCAAACUACAACUCCAGACCUGGGGUGACGGCAGGAAGGAUGAUGGAGGUGAACGCAACUGAGAAAGUGUUUAGCUCGGUUGAUGGCACCGCCGAGACGUUCUGCCAAUAUGCCACUCCAUCUGACAACAGUUUGCUGGCUGAGGUGCCCGAGCAGUUUCCUAAUAGCAAGGUGGUGAACUGUGUAUCAUCGGCAAUGCUUCUUCAGUACAAAAACGUUGCUCAGUACUUGCAUGCCGCCGGAGUUAAGGUCUCCACCAUCUCAAAGACUAGAAUGGGUAUUAUAAAAAAUGUUACAAACUGGAGACGAGAAAGAAAGGCAAGGGUUGUUCGGUCGUCCAGCGUUGAUCGUCAGCACUCAUCAUCUGAAAGACCUAAGUCCGUUGCCCUAUUAGAUGCGCUGCUGCUUCAUGGGAAGAACUGCGCGAACUCCACGGGACAAGACGUAGAGGAAGACGAACUAUGCUUCAGCAAACGCAGAAAUUAUCGGCGCGUCGUGGUGCUUGGUGCACCGAGAGUGGGUAAGACGGCCAUCCUGAAACGAUUCUUGCAGGAUGGGUUUGAUGACCAUUAUGUACCUACAACAGAAGAUUUCCACAGUAAACUGUACCACAUUCGUGGAGAGACGUACCAGAUCGAUAUUCUUGACGCCUCAAAUGAGAGGGACUACCCCGCCAAGCGUAGGCUGUCAAUACUGACAGGUGAUAUUUUCCUCCUUGUUUUUAGUGUGGAUGACAGAGAGUCUUUCAACGAAGUCUGCUCUUUACGCAAAGAGAUCAAACUGGCCAAAUCUAAGCUUGGCAAAUCUAAAGAGAACAUUCGAGUCCCCAUACUGAUAUGCGGGAAUAAAGUCGACCUGGAGGCUGAGAGGGUUGUCAGUCAUAUAGAGAUUCACGAAAGUCUCGGGGAGGAUGCUGCCGUGUUUGAAACAUCGGCUAAAGCCGGUACCCAAAUAGAGAUGAUGUUCGAAGCCCUGGCACUGCUCGGCAGACUCCCUGUUGAGACCCGGCCGUCCCUACACCGAGACAUUUCAAUUCGCUCCUAUGAAGCGUUGACCAGUGGAAGGCGAAGCAAACGGGAAAUCCGAAUGCUCGCUUUAGAUGGACCUUGCGGUGCAGUUUAUCCACUGGCCCACCGCCCUAGUUUUCACAGCGAUCUUCGUCGCAUUCUCGGACCUAGUACCUCUAAGAGGAGCACUUCUAUUAUGAAGUGCCAGAUCCAAUAAGAGAUUGUAUACAGCGACGUCCACGUAAUUUAUGAAUAAUACUUAUUCAUUUUACCGUAAGAAUAAUUUAUUCUAUUAUCCUGGCUGGACCAGAGAGUUUAUAUUUUUGUGAAGAAGUGAAUACACUGUAUCCUGUAAGGAAAAACAAACUGGCAAUACUUUUGGCUAGAAUGUAAUUGUUGUAUAUUAUUAUCAACUCUGAUGUUUAAGAACUGUUUUCUUAUUCUGAACUUUCUAAUAAAUUAACAUGUAUAUACAA